AUUUAUAGUCUAUAUUUUUGAGCUUCACGUCUUGAUCAAUGGCUAAACUCAGCCUCUCCCUUCUGCUCUUCUUUUUCUUCAUCUUUUGCAUUAACAUUGGCACGGUUGAGCCAUUAAAUAGAGCGGCACAUUCUCAAGCUAGGACCUUCGUUGAGGCGUCAUGUCGGACCACACGCUAUCCGGCCCUGUGUGUUAAAUGGCUCACUCGUCAUGCUAGUUCCAAUACACCACCAACCGCGCAGCAACUGACCCGUACGGCGUUGACAGUGAGCCUAUACCGAGUUCGUCACGUGAGGUCGUACUUGGUGAAGGUGGCUAAAGAGCUCAAGGCAACGAAAGCCAAGGAGUAUCCGGUGGUGAGAGAUUGCUUGGUGGAGAUAGAUGAUAGUGUAAGCCAGCUUAGCCAAUCGGUCGGAGAGCUUUGCCGAUUGGACCCCAAAGCUGAGAUGAUGAGCGAUGACAUUUAUUGGCACAUAGAUAACGUUGAUACUUGGGUUAGUACUGCCCUAACUGAUGCUAGCAGUUGCGUGGAUGAGUUCCCAGGGCAGAGGAUGAGUAAAAUGAAGGCCACCAUUAAGAGCAAGGUGUUGAAUGUUGCACAGUUAACAAGCAAUGCACUGGCCUUAUUUCACCGAUAUGCUGCUGCUGCCAUUGAGAAGCACCCAUAAGGUUGGCAGCUGGUUAUCUUUUUAGAAUUUGAGCUUAUCUUUGUAUGUUCAAUUGAAGUCGAAAUAUUAAGUUUUUGUCUAAUAAGACUAUAUAUUUAAACAA